UUCACCACAGACAGUAGUCAGAGUGGGUUUGAUUAGAUUCGUGAAAGUUGUUCUUUAAUCAACCGUAAUCAUCGAUCAACUGUUCCAUUCAUUUGUCGACGGCCAAAAAAUCUCGGAAGAUGCUGCGCCUACUGCUGGUUGCAGUCUUCGUGACCCUAGCGUGGGCAGUACCGACACCCCAGGAUACAAGUGAAUCCUCCGAGAACCUGCUGAAGAAGGCUAGAGAAUUCUUGGAUAGAGUCGACAAGCAGUACGCGGAAUGGAACAACAAACAAACGGUUGCUCAGUGGGAGUAUGCAUCGAAUUUGACUUCAAACAAUUUAGCAAACAAGCUGAACGUGUCCUCGGAAGCGGCACGCUUCCGCAAGCCCACCUGGGAGGAAGUGAACCAGUUUCCCUGGAGGGAUAUCAAUGAUGAAAGCAUUAAAAGACAAUUUUCGAAACUCAGCGUCCUGGGUUCUGCAGCACUUCCCGAAGAUCUUUACCAAGAAUACGAGAAAAUUAUAAGUGAUAUGGAGAACAUCUACAGCACUGCCAAAAUAUGCGACUAUAAGAAUCAAAGUAAAUGCGAUCUCGCUCUGGAACCGGAACUUACUGAACUCCAAAUGAAGAGCCAUGACCCGGAAGAAUUGAAAUAUAUCUGGGUUCAGUGGAGGAAAGCAACCGGUGAAAAAAUGAAAUCCUUGUUCACGAGAUACGUUGAAUUAAGUAACAUGGCUGCCACGUUAAAUAAUUUUACUGACAACGCAGCCUAUUGGAUGAAGGAUUACGAGACUGAUGAAUUUCCCGAACAAAUUGAUACACUCUGGCAGCAAUUGAAGCCACUUUAUUUACAAUUACACGCGUAUGUUCGCCGAGAACUUCGAAAAAAGUACGGUGAGAACGUGGUUUCGAAAGACGGUCCCAUACCAGCACAUUUAUUAGGCAACAUGUGGGCACAAAGUUGGAGCAAUAUUGCUGACUUCUCUAUUCCAUAUCCGGGAAAACAACUGCCAGACGUUACUGACGCCAUGAUUAAACAAGGCUACAAUGCAACAACUAUUUUCCGCACUGCCGAGGAUUUCUUCACUUCAAUAAAUCUUACCGCAAUGCCGGAUCUCUUCUGGGAACGAUCGAUAUUGGAAAAAUUGAAGGACCGUGAUAUGAUUUGUCAUGCAAGUGCUUGGGAUUUCUACGACAGCAAAGAUUUCAGAAUUAAACAAUGCAGCAGAGUUAACAUGGAAGAUUUAUUGACCGCACACCACGAAAUGGGUCACAUAGAAUACUAUUUACAAUACAAAAAUCAGCCCACCGUUUUUAAAGAAGGUGCAAAUCCUGGAUUUCACGAAGCUGUCGGUGACGUUAUAGCGCUCAGCGCAUCUACUCCGAGUCACCUGAAGGCUAUCAAUUUAUUAGAUAAUGAUUCAAACGACAUAGAAGCCAGUAUCAAUCACCUUUACUUGAAAGGACUUGAUAAAAUUGCCUUUCUGCCAUUCGCGUACAUGAUGGACAAAUGGCGCUGGAUGGUGUUCCAGGGAGAAGUUACGCCUGAUAAUUAUAAUUGUAACUGGUGGGAUCUUGCUGAAACUUUCCAAGGUAUUGAACCACCAGUAGAUCGAUCCGAAGACGACUUUGAUCCAGGUGCAAAAUAUCAUAUAAUAGCAGAUGUAGAAUAUAUCAGAUAUUACAUUAGUUUCAUCAUACAAUUCCAAUUCCACAAAGCGCUUUGCAUAGAAGCGAAACAAUACGAUCCGCAUAAUCUGAAUUCAAAACCAUUGCACCAAUGUGAUAUUUAUAAUAAUAAAGCAGCAGGAAACUUAUUAAAAUCAAUGUUGGAACUGGGUUCUUCUAAACCUUGGCAAGAUUCAAUGGAAAAAAUCACAGGACAACGAAACAUGAACUCUGCUGGACUGUUGGAGUACUUCAAACCUCUAAUGGAUUGGCUCACAGAGGAAAAUAAAAAGACAAACGAAUAUAUAGGAUGGAACCCUAGGGCAAGACGUAUGUAUUUUUACAAGAAAACGAUGGUGAAAGAACAGUUUAGAGAAACAGACGUUGCUCGGAAAAUUUCUCAUGUAUCGUUUGGAGUGGAUAGCCGCCACAGCAUGGAAAGGCAGGCACACAUGCAUGUUGUAGCUAAAAAUCUAUAUAAUCAAGAUGUUGAACAUACUCCAGUUCCUUAUGGGGUUCUCGAUAGGAGAAUGGGAACCUGCAAUAAUACUACUAACUGUUUAUCAUGUGGCAAAACAUUAAAUGAAUGUAUUGGACACUUUGGUUACAUUGAUUUGGAAUUGCCAGUUUUUCAUGUUGGUUAUUUUAGAUCCAUAAUUGGUAUUCUUCAAAGUAUUUGUAAAAAUUGUUCUCAUGUUAUGUUAUCUGAAGUAGACAAAAAACGUUAUUUAACUAGAGUGUUAAAUCCAAAUUUUGGAUAUUUGACACGUAAAGCUUUACGUAAACAAAUCUUGGAUAAAGCUAAAAAAACUACAGUUUGUCAAAAUUGUGGAGAUCUUAAUGGAACUAUUAAAAAGGCUGGCUUACUUAAAAUAGUUCAUGAAAAGUAUAAAGCAAAAAAAAAAAUAGAUACCAUUGUUCAACAAAAAUUAGCAGAAUAUAACAAUGUGCUUGAAGAUAACAAGGCAUUAGAAGGAAUACUUCAAAGUGGAUUAGUUAAUGUAUUAAAUCCAUUAGAGGUACAAAGUAUUUUAGAAAAAAUACCAGAAAGUGACAUUCCUCUAUUAUUAAUGAAUUCAGAGUGUGCAUUACCAAAAGAUUUAAUAUUAACAAGGAUUCCGGUACCACCGAUUUGCAUUAGACCCAGUGUUGUAUCUGACCUUAAAGCAGGUACAACAGAGGAUCAUUUAACAAUGAAGCUGUCAGAAAUAGUUUUUAUCAAUGAUGUUAUUCAGAAACAUAGACAAAGUGGAGCCAAAGUACAAAUGUACAAUGAGGAUUGGGAAUUUCUACAAUUGCAUUGUGCUCUUUAUAUAAACAGUGAAAUGUCUGGUAUACCUCUUAACAUGCAACCAAAAAAAUCUGGAAGAGGAUUAGUUCAAAGAUUAAAAGGAAAACAGGGUCGCUUUCGCGGCAACUUAUCUGGUAAACGUGUGGAUUUCUCUAGUCGUACCGUUAUUUCACCCGAUCCUAAUCUUAGAAUUGAACAGGUUGGUGUACCUAUCCAUGUUGCAAAAAUUUUAACGUAUCCUGAAAAAGUUAAUCCAUCAAAUAUAGAACUGAUGCGAAAACUUGUAAGAAAUGGUCCAGAGGUACAUCCAGGUGCAAAUUUUAUACAACAAGGAAAAACACAAUUUAAAAAGUAUUUAAGAUACGGAAACCGACAAAAGAUUGCUCAAGAUUUACAAUACGGUGAUAUCGUCGAAAGGCAUCUUAGAGAUGACGAUGUAGUAUUAUUCAAUAGGCAACCAUCUUUACAUAAAUUGAGUAUUAUGGCACAUAAAGCAAAAGUAUUAGAUCAUAGAACAUUUAGAUUUAAUGAAUGUGUUUGUACUCCUUAUAAUGCUGAUUUUGAUGGUGAUGAAAUGAAUUUACAUUUACCUCAAACUGAGGAAGCAAGAGCAGAAGCUCUGGUUUUAAUGGGGAAUAAAUCAAAUUUAGUUACACCUCGUAAUGGAGAAUUAUUGAUAGCAGCAACACAAGAUUUUAUUACUGGUGGAUAUCUUUUGACUCAAAAAGAUAUGUUUUUAAAUAAAGCCCAAGCAAGUCAAUUGGCUGGUUGUCUUCUAGCUGGGCCUGAUAUUACAAUGUCUAUAAACCUGCCUAAACCAGCUAUUUUAAAACCCAUUAUGUUAUGGACAGGAAAACAAAUCUUUAGUUUAAUUUUAAAACCUAAUCAUGCUUGCAAUAUUAGAGCUAAUUUAAAAACUAAAGGAAGAGCUUACACUACUAAUGAAGAAUUAUGCAUGAAUGAUUCUUAUGUUAUUAUCCGAAAUUCAGAAUUAUUAGCUGGGUCAAUGGACAAAUCGACUUUAGGUUCGGGUUCGAAACAAAAUAUAUUUUACAUUUUACUACGUGAUUGGGGUGAAGACAUUGCAACAAUAGCCAUGUGGCGACUAGCAAGAAUGGCAAGUUUCUUUCUUAUGAAUAGAGGGUUUUCUAUUGGUAUUGGUGAUGUUACACCUGGACAAGGGCUUCUCAAAGCCAAACAAGAACUUUUAAAUGCCGGAUAUUCUAAAUGUACAGAAUAUAUUUGUCAAAUGGAAGAGGGACGUCUUGCGUGCCAACCUGGGUGUACAGAGGAAGAAACACUAGAAGCAAUGAUAUUAAGGGAACUUUCAGUAAUUCGUGAUCAUGCUGGAAAAGCUUGUUUGAAAGAACUUCAUCCCAGUAAUAGUCCAUUAGUUAUGGCUUUGUCUGGCAGUAAAGGAAGUUUCAUUAAUAUUUCUCAAAUGAUUGCAUGUGUGGGGCAACAAGCUAUUAGUGGUCAUAGAGUUCCAAAUGGAUUUGAAGAUAGAGCUUUACCACACUUUGAACGACAUUCAAAAAUUCCUGCAGCUAAGGGUUUUGUAGAAAACUCAUUCUAUUCUGGUCUAACACCAACGGAAUUCUUCUUUCACACAAUGGGUGGAAGGGAGGGACUUGUAGAUACAGCAGUCAAAACUGCAGAGACAGGUUAUAUGCAACGACGAUUAGUUAAAAGCUUGGAAGAUUUGUGCCUUCAUUAUGAUAUGACAGUUCGUAAUUCAGUGGGAGAUAUUGUACAAAUAUUGUAUGGUGGAGAUGCUUUAGAUCCUACAUACAUGGAGGGAAAAGACUGCCCUGUGGAUUAUAAGAGAGUACUGGAUCACAUAAGAGCUAAAUCAUCGUGUAAAAAUGAGGAACCACUAGAUGGUCCCAGUGUUAUUAAAGCUACAAACGAAUUAUUAAAUUCUGAAGAAUAUGAGUGUCUCAGUAAAGAAUUUAAACAAGAAUUAUCCACAUUCCUUAAAAAUGUAGCACGUAAAAUAGCGCGUCUUCGUCACAAUGCGCCAUUGAAUGUACCUGUAAUUUUGCAACUUGAACGACUCACAGUUUCUCAAUUAGUUGAAUUUAUUCAUACCUGUAAAGAAAAGUACAUGAGAGCAAAAAUAGAACCGGGUACCGCUGUAGGUGCACUUGCUGCGCAAAGUAUUGGUGAACCAGGUACACAAAUGACAUUGAAAACGUUUCAUUUUGCUGGAGUAGCAUCUAUGAAUAUUACUCAAGGAGUACCACGUAUUAAAGAAAUUAUUAAUGCAAAUCCCAAAAUUAGUACUCCUAUUAUUACAGCAGCUUUAGAAAAUGAUGCAGAUCCAGAAUAUGCCAGGAGAGUAAAGGGUAGAAUCGAAAAAACUACUUUGGGAGAAAUAACAGAAUACAUUGAAGAAGUGUAUCUACCGGAUGAUUGUUUUUUACUGAUAAAAUUAGAUAUUGAUAGGAUAAAACUAUUGAAAUUAGAAGUAGAUGUCAACUCUAUACGUUAUUCAAUUUGUACGUCAAAGUUGAGGUUGAAUCCAAAACUAGUAAAUGUUAAAGGUGAUUCAAUUAUUACUGUGAAUCCCAUAAAAAAUAAAUAUAGUUUAAAUUAUGCGCUUACACAACUCAAGGAAACAAUUCCAAAUAUCGUUGUAAAGGGUUUACCAUCAGUUUCUAGAGCAGUAAUUCAUAAUGAUGAUUCCAGUGGAAAAACAAGAUAUAAAUUGUUUGUUGAAGGAGACAAUAUGCGAGAAGUAAUGGCAACUUUUGGCGUUUUAGGCAAAAAAACGACUUCGAAUAAUACAAUUGAGGUUUCCAAAACUCUAGGAAUUGAGGCUGCAAGAGCAACUAUAAUGACAGAAAUUAAAUUGGUGAUGGAAAAUCACGGAAUGAGCAUUGAUCGAAGACAUCCAAUGCUUGUAGCAGAUUUAAUGACUAGUAGAGGAGAAGUAUUGGGUAUCACAAGACAAGGUUUAGCUAAGAUGAAGGAAUCUGUUUUAAAUUUAGCCUCGAAUACAGCUAACAAAGAUAAACCAAAAAAGAGGGAUCUGAUAUUUGAUGACAUACAAUUUCACAAGAAGAUUACGAAAACCACAACUUAA